AUGGACUCAGUUAAACGCAAAAAGUCAAAGUCGCAGGGCAAAGAGCCUGCUUUGAACAAUUACUCGGGUAACCAAGUUCCGACAACAGGGAUAUUAUCUCGGCUUCCUUUGUCAUGGGUUCCCUACAUCCAACUCGCCCGACUGUCACCACCUGCCGGCCUUUUCCUCAUCUACUUCCCUCAUGUGUUUGGGUUGAUGCAUGCAGCGUUGCAUUUGUCGACCCCAGUUCCGGAUAUCCUGCGUGCAGGCGCUGUGCUUUUUGGCGGCUCCUUUUUUGUCUCUAAUGCGAUUCAUAUCUGGAAUGACCUCAUCGACGCGCCCCUGGACGCUCUUGUCUCAAGAACGAAGCACCGUCCCAUUCCCCGAGGCGCCGUGUCACCCACCGCUGCAUUGGUCUACACUAUUACCCAGGCUAUUGCAGCAGCCUUAUUCCUGUCAUUGCUACCGCAUUCUCAAUCGUGGUUCUACGCGCUGCCCAGUAUCCUCGGUUGGACGUACUACCCCUGGGCUAAGCGGCAUACAAACUACCCUCAGGUGGUGUUGGGUCUGUGCCUCGCAUGGGGUGUUGUGAUGGGAGAACUCUCUCUUGGCAUAGAGACGAUCAGCUUCCCCCAGGGCUGGAGCUGGAAAAAAUUGAUCCACGGCGAGUUCCAUGUAAACUCCGCUAUUCUGAGCCUUGUUAUUGCAAAUACUCUCUGGACAGUCAUAUAUGACACAGUCUACGCCCAUCAAGAUAUUGAGGAUGAUCUCAAGGCGGGCAUAAAGAGCAUCGCGGUACUGUGGAGGCAACAGACGAAGAUUCUAUUAUGGGGUUCGCUGGUUAUGCUGGCGUUACUAUUAAGUUACUGUGGCUAUGCCAGUAACCUUGGAUUCUUCUACUACUUCAUCGCAGUGAUUGGAGCGACAGGAUCAUUAGGGCGGAUGAUAUUGCAGGUGGAUCUAAAGGAUGAGCAAAGUUGCUGGUGGUGGUUCAGAAAUGGAUUCUGGUUGGCUGGAGGUGCAAUUACUGCUGGUUUCUCUGCUGAGUAUCUGAAGCAGAUCAUCUACUGA